UAAAAGACGCCUGGGAAUUCCCGAGAAAAGGGAGAUGUCCUGUUCACGCACUGAGACGCAAACAAUCACAAUCUGCCUUCCAGGCCCCUUCACAUUCCAUCGCAUUAAUUGCAACUUGAAAGGCACCUCAAAGCCACUAUGUCUCAGGCCGAACACAGAAACCGUCUUAUAAGCGGUUGGGCCGUUAUCAAACCCGGCUCUCGUAUUCUCGAACUUGGCUGUGGCCAGGGAGAAUGCACGACAGUUCUUGCUGAGGCCAUCGGCCCAUCCGGCAUCAUCGACGCUGUCGACCCAGCUCCACUAGACUAUGGAGCGCCUACCACUCUCGGAGAAGCUCAAGCCGAGCUUUCAAAUGGCCCUUUAGGCCCUAGGAUCAGAUGGCACCAAGCUUCUCCGGAAGAGUUUCUCGAAGAGACAUUGAAGAAAGGCCAGACAUGGGAUGUUGCGAUUCUGUCACAUUGCAUCUGGUAUUUCAAGUCUCCCGACACACUCGAGGCCAUUCUCCGGGCCUUGAAGAAUCGAACCGAUACCGUUUGUAUCGCAGAGUAUGCUCUCCAUGCAACGCACCCCGCUGCAUCGGCCCACGUUCUCGCCGCCUUGGCCCGCGCGGGUCUCGAGAGUUACAGAAAGGAUAGCAACGAAAAUAUUCAAAAUAUUCUGAGCCCAACUGGCAUCAAGGACACUUGCACAAGCGCGGGUUGGAAGAUGGAGCAUGAAACCGUACUGGUUCCCGAACCAGAGCUUCAGGACGGGUUCUGGGAAACAAACACGGUAGCUUCGCCCAGGUUCCUCGAGAAAGUCGACUCUUUCGUACCGGACAAGAGAGCCAAAGUAUAUCUACGUGCCGCAAGAGACGCUGUUUUGUCCUCUGUAGCGACGAAUGGGAACAUUAAAAACGCCCGGACAAUGGAUGUUUGGUCUGCUGUUUUUAGUCCGGCGGAGAAAUAAUGGUUGUAGGAUGUUAAACCAGGUGUCAUUCCAGAUUAUGCCGGAAGACGCCAGGCAAGACGCAGUAAUAUUAGAGUAACCAAUUUGAUCUGAUUUUCAAUACUUUCUCAAAAGCAUUGAAGUUACUUAGAUGACUUGGCAUUGUUGCUGGAACACAGAAUUUGCAGAAUCAAGCAUAUUGCUUUCACAUUAACAAGAA